GAGCUGGGGACACAAAUAUUAAUAAGACUAUUGCUGUUGCCAGGCAUGUGGCACACACCUCUGAUCCCAGUACCUGAGACGCUGAGUCAGGGGGAUCACCAUUAGUUCAAGGCCAGCCUGGAUAUGUAGUGAGUUGCAGGUCAGUCAAGACUACAGAGUGAGACUCUCAGCCUCUCCCACCCACCCACUUUAAAAAGCCUGUUGUAAACAAGUCAGUGUGAUAAAUACAAUAAAAGGGAAAAUCUUGGAAUCAGGGAUGUAGCUGAGUUACUAGAGUACUUGUCCAGCACGCACAAAGCCCUAGGGUCUAUCUCCAGGACCACAUCAAUUAGGCCUGGUGGCAUGUGCCCAGGAUUCAGAAGUAGAUUGGUGGAGGCAGGAGGAUCAGAAAGAAGUUUAAGGUCAUCCUUGACUAUAUAGUCUGAGGCCAGCCUGGAAUACAUGAGAAAGUGUAUCCUGUCUUCAAAAAGAGAAAAUUCUGAGAACAUGAUUAUGGGAAGCUUUUCCAAGGAGGUGAUGUCAGACUCAUGGAUGGACAAGAAUUAACUGCUGAACAAGGAAAGUAGGUAAAACAGAGAGCAGCAUGAGCAAAAAAUCUUGAUGCUAGCCGGGCGGUGGUGGCACAUGCCUCUAAUCCCAGUACUCGGGAGGAAGAAGCAGGGAGAGCUCUGUGAGUUCCAGGCCAGCCUGGUCUACAGAGCAAGUACCAAGACAGCCAGGACUGCACAGGGAAACCGUGUCUGGAAAAACAAAACAAGCACACAAAAAACCAUUGAUGCUGGAAGGAGCAGCGUAUGGUUGGAGGAAGGCUGGCAACAGGAGCCUGAGGCAGGAGGGUGGGCUCUAGAUUGGGUUGGGAGGCUUUAUCCUGAGAGGAAGGAGUGAUCAGAUUCGUGUUUUCAAAAGAUCCUCUAGAUGCUUUGCAGGGAACAGACUUAAAUCAGAGGCACACAGAGAGCUUCACAAUCAUCCAAGUGAGCGGGAUACAGUGUGGCAGGGGGAGGCAGUGGAAGUGGGGACAUACCAAAUGAAGAUGUUACAGUGUGGCAGGGGGAGGCAGGGGAGGUGGGGACAUGCCAAGUGAGGGUGAUACAGUGCAGCAGGGGGAGGCAGGGGGUGGGGACAUGCCAAGUGAGGGUGAUACAGUGCAGCAGGGGGAGGCAGGGGAGGUGGGGACAUGCCAAGUUUUGAGGUCCAUAGGACAUAGGUGGGACAGGCCUGGGUGAUGGCGUAGAUGGAUGGAUAGGUGAGGGAGAUGGGCAUGAUAACGCCUUAAGUCUCUGCUUGAGCAAAUAGUGAUUUCUGUUCUCAACGCACGUACGCACCAUGACACACCCAAACAUGUAUAUAGAUUCUUUCUGUUGUUUUUAUUCUUAUUUUUUUGUUUUGUUUUGGAAGCAGGGUGUCCUAUAUAUCCCAGGCUGGCUUUGAACUCACUAUGUAUUCCAAAAUGACAUCAGAUCCUCUUGCUUCCACCUCCACAGAGCUGGGAUUACAAGUAUGCACCCCCCCACACAGUCUAUAUGGUAUUGGGGACUAAAUCCAGGGUUUGCACAAGGUGGGCAAGCACUCCACCAACAGAGCUCCAUCUCCAGUCCAUGGAUCCUUAAAAACAUGAACACAUCCCCAUACAAGCUGAAAAUCCAGGACAAAAGCAUACACUUGCAGGCCAAUAGACACACAUAGGUCACAACACUUGCAUACAAACACACAUACUUCAGGCAGAUGAAGAACCAUGAAAGUUUCUUGCCAAGUGAAGGUGACACAGUGCAGCAGAGGGAGGCAGGGUUCAUCCCCUGGAACCAAAGUCCAGGCCUGACACAGCUGACAAGCGGCUUCUCAGGGCAGAGAGCCGGAGGAGCUGGGAACAUGCUUCAAUGGCAGAACGUUUGUCUAGCAUGGACAAGUUUGAUUCCCAGAACCAAAGGAGGAAAACAUCUCCCAGGGCAAAGGGCUGGGACCUAGUUGUCUAGGUACCUCUCCCCCACUGCCAUGCCCCCCUCAGCCCUACCCUUUGCCCCAUUCCUGCCAUGCUCACUCAUGGCACCAUUGGGUAUGCCCUUACCCCAGUGCCCUCUGCCUAGGAUUCUAGCAAUCCCAAUAUUACUCCUGGCCCUAGCCAGCCCAGUCUUCAGGGAGCUACCAUGAGUGGGGCAAAGAGCAGGGCCCCGAAGUCACAAUGGCUUAGGGAUCCAGCCCUUUCCCUGCUGCUUCAUCCAAGUCACUUGUUCUUCCAAAAGCGUUCUUCAAUAAGUAUCCCAACCCCGAGUUCCUCACAUGUUGGGGUCGGGGGAGAGUCGCAGGGUGAGCUGUGGCAGAAAGGCAAAUGGCAGAUACAAGGUACCCAGUGUGGGAAGCAGAUGAAGCUAGGUUUAGAAAGUGGGAAAUUGCCCUGGCUAAGAGCUGAACACAACAGACAAGGCCCUGAACUCCAGAUGCCUAGGGUCUCAUGGGGAGACAAAGCCAUACACUGUUUAGAAUAGUGACAAGGAGUGCAGUAAGAAUGAUCUAAACACACUAUCUCAGCAAGGCUGAGCUGAGGGAGCCCACAGAAUGAACCAUGCAUGCACAUGCAAUACCUCCCUGAGCUGGGCAUGUAGCUCAGUAGUAGCACAUGCUUAGCACAUGGGAGUAUCUGGGUUCCACCCUGCUGAGCAAACUGGCCCAGCACAGUUUCCAGAUGAGGAAGUCACACCAGCACUUAACCAGCAAGUGACCUGGGCCAGUAUCCCACCAUAACUGUUGCUUACCUUAACUGGCCCCCGAGGCUCUGGUCCGUUUGUCUAUCUGUUUGCUGGUCCUGGGAAGGUACAGCUCUCUCCCAAGUGGCCAGCCAUUACCUUUGGUCCUCACUCUACCCUUCAUGCCCUCUUCCCUUCACAGACUUGCUGGAGUGUGCUAGGCCUCGGGGCCGCCCUCUCUUUCAUCAAGAUGACAAGUCCAGGGACAGAGACUGAGGACUCACCCACAGCCAGACAUGUUGCUGAAGCCUCAGGGCCUCUCGUUUGCAACAGGCUCUUUCAAAAGCCCGACAUCUGAUUUUUUUUAUUUGUAAUUUCAUGUUCUUCCUAAGUAGCCAUAUUCCACUUUAUGAGCUCUGCGCCUCCCUAAAAAUCUGUUUCUGUCCUAGUGGAGACAGACAUAAAAACAAGUAAAGGGAUGACUGCACACUGUGUACCUGCUAGAGCAGAAAUAAGCCCUGGGGGGUAAGUGAGGGUGGACCUGAGAGAUGGGGAGAAACAAGGUAGGGACCACUUCCAGUUGAGGCCUGAGGGUGAGAAAGAGCUGGCUGGGUAAGGAGCAUGUGGAAGACCUUGGGGAAAAAAAGAGCCUUGGUUUCCCCAUAAUGUAACAUGGAGUUGACUGUCACAGCAGGGUGGGCUGUGGUAGUUAGGAGGUAAACCAAGGAUGUCCAUGUAGGAAUACCACACAGUAGGGCCUGUGACUCAGGCCCCUGGCUGAGUUUGGUAUUGCCCUUAAUCGGCCUUUGUCCUCCCAGGAGGGAGAAGCAGGGCUAGCCACCUCUUUUUCCCUAACAGCUGGGGACAUCUGUGCCAGGGCCAGUCUAGGGGGUGGGAACUGACAUCACUGAGCCUUUGGCUCCCUGAAUGCACUUGGGGGAGAGGGAGGGCAUUUUGGCUAAGUGAGAAGGGACAGUGUGUUCAGGAUUAAGUCCUAGGGGAGAAGACUGGGACUGGAUGAGGGAGUCUGAGGGAGGAGAGGCUGGGGGCUAAGCCCUCUCAACAAGGAGGAACUGGGGCACGGCUCCGGGGUCUAAGCAAGGAGGGCCUGCAGGGCUGGGACUUCAGGCUUCUAAGGAAGAGGAACCUGGCACGAGGACUCUCUGUUGAGCUAGAGAAGCAAGCAGGCAGGAGGGCCUCGGCAUUCUCACACAGCAUGGAUCUCCGCACAAUGACACAGUCACUGGUGACACUUGCAGAAGACAACAUGGCCUUCUUCUCAAGCCAGGGCCCCGGAGAGACAGCUCGGCGGCUGUCCAAUGUCUUUGCCGGUGUUCGAGAACAGGCACUGGGGCUGGAGCCAACCCUAGGCCACUUGCUGGGUGUGGCACACCAUUUUGACCUGGACACAGAGACACCAGCCAAUGGAUACCGUAGCUUGGUGCACACAGCCCGUUGCUGCCUAGCACACCUACUACACAAAUCCCGCUAUGUGGCCUCCAAUCGCCGAAGUAUCUUUUUCCGUGCCAGUCACAACCUAGCAGAACUGGAGGCCUAUCUGGCUGCUCUCACCCAGCUCCGUGCCCUGGCCUACUACGCUCAGCGCCUGCUGGCUAUCAACCGACCAGGGGUGCUCUUCUUUGAGGGUGAUGAAGGACUUACCGCUGACUUCCUGCAAGAGUAUGUCACUCUACAUAAAGGCUGCUUCUAUGGCCGCUGCCUGGGCUUCCAGUUCACACCUGCCAUCCGGCCGUUCCUGCAAACUCUCUCCAUCGGGCUGGUGUCCUUCGGGGAACACUACAAACGGAACGAGACAGGCCUCAGUGUGACUGCCAGCUCCCUCUUCACUGGUGGCCGGUUCGCCAUAGACCCAGAGUUGCGUGGGGCUGAGUUUGAACGGAUCAUACAGAACCUGGAUGUGCACUUCUGGAAAGCCUUCUGGAACAUCACUGAGAUUGAGGUGUUGUCGUCCCUGGCUAACAUGGCAUCAACCACUGUGAGGGUAAGCCGCCUGCUCAGCCUGCCACCUGAGGCCUUUGAGAUGCCGCUAACCUCUGACCCCAAGCUCACAGUUACCAUCUCACCUCCCUUGGCACACACGGGCCCAGGGCCUGUGCUUGCCAGGCUCAUCUCCUAUGACCUGCGGGAAGGACAGGACAGCAAGAUGCUCAACAGCCUGGUGAAAUCUGAGGGCCCACGCCUGGAGCUGCGCCCACGGCCCCAGCAAGCACCCCGCUCACGGGCCCUAGUAGUCCACAUCCAUGGUGGUGGCUUUGUGGCACAGACCUCCAAAUCCCAUGAGCCCUACCUCAAGAACUGGGCCCAGGAGCUAGGUGUCCCCAUCAUCUCCAUCGACUACUCCCUGGCCCCUGAGGCCCCCUUCCCCAGAGCGCUGGAAGAGUGUUUUUAUGCCUACUGCUGGGCUGUCAAGCACUGUGACCUGCUCGGUUCAACAGGAGAGCGGAUAUGCCUUGCAGGAGACAGUGCAGGCGGGAACCUCUGCAUCACUGUGUCCCUUCGGGCAGCAGCCUACGGAGUGAGGGUGCCAGAUGGCAUCAUGGCAGCCUACCCAGUCACCACCCUACAGCCCUCUGCCUCUCCCUCUCGUCUUCUGAGCCUCAUGGACCCACUUCUACCACUGAGCGUGCUCUCUAAGUGUGUCAGCGCCUAUUCAGGUACAGAGAUAGAGGACCACUCUGACUCAGACCAGAAGGCACUGGGCAUGAUGGGGCUGGUGCAGAGGGACACAUCCCUAUUCCUCAGAGACCUGCGCCUGGGUGCCUCCUCAUGGCUCAACUCCUUCCUGGAGCUAAGCGGACGGAAGCCCCAAAAGGCCUCAUCGCCCACAGCAGAGGUCGUUCGCCCCACGGAGUCAAUGCGCAGGAGUGUGUCUGAAGCAGCCCUGGCCCAGCCCGAGGGCUUGCUGGGUACAGAUACCCUAAAGACCCUGACAAUAAAGGACUUGAGCUUUAAAGGCAACUCAGAGACAUCAGACACCCCCGAGAUGUCGAUGUCAAUGGAGACACUUGGCCCCUCCACACCCUCCGAUGUCAACUUUUUUCUGAGGCCUGAGAAUUUCCACGAAGAGGGUGAAGCCAAAGAUGAUGUGGGCACCAUGGACAGAGCCCCCCGAGUGCGCGCUGCGUUCCCUGAGGGUUUCCACCCCAGGCGCUCAAGCCAGGGUAUCCUCCACAUGCCCCUCUACUCGUCACCCAUCGUCAAGAACCCCUUCAUGUCUCCUCUGCUGGCCCCUGACAGCAUGCUGAAGACCCUGCCGCCUGUGCACAUUGUGGCGUGCGCUCUGGACCCCAUGCUGGACGACUCAGUCAUGUUCGCGCGGCGGCUGCGCGACCUGGGCCAGCCCGUGACGCUGAAUGUGGUAGAGGACCUGCCGCAUGGCUUCUUGAGCCUGGCGGCGCUGUGCCGCGAGACCCGGCAGGCCACGGAGUUGUGCGUGCAGCGCAUCCGGCUCGUCCUCACCCCGCCUGCCGCACCGCUGAGCUGAGCCGGAGCUGGGGACGGCGGGGGGCGGCACUAAAAGACCUCUUGCUCCCAUCUGCGCGGGCCUCCGUGAUGAGUGCGCUCCGGGACGGGUCGGGCUCUAGGCCCAGCGGGGCCCCUUGGUCAGGCUGGGCGGGAGGGGGCGGGCUGUGCCUUAAUUGGGAAC